AUUCUUGAAAAGUAUUGUAACCCCUAUAAUCAAUUACUCAAGAAAGAUUGUAGUUACAUGCAAAUCCCAUUAACAACCGAAUACGGUGACAAUUACUUCAUUAAAACUCAUAUACAUUUCGUAGCUUUCUUUAAACAUAAAUACACCGCCAAACCCUUCUUCUCCUCUUCAAAAAUUUAUUAAGGCAUCUUUUAGUCUUGGAAUUUCUUUUCUGCUCUACUGUUGGCUGUGUUCUUCCGAUUCCUUGAAAUAUGAAGCACCAAAAGAUAAGAUUAGACCAUGUAAUUUGAUCCAUCACACAUGGUUUUCCUGUCAUUGCUGGGCAGAGAACGGGUUUCCCAUCUUCUAUGCGGAUGCCGAAGAGGGUCGAAUUACCAGCAAACAUUCAGUCUAGUAAAUGUUAAGUUAAAAUGGGCGAAAGACAGGGCAUUGGAUGGUGUUGUUGUUGGUCAGGGGGAUCUUAAAGCAACUUGCUUUCUUGUUUCCAUCAUCUCCUCGGCUCCUCAUCGAUGUCUUCCGAUCUAUCAUCUUACACCACUCCGCAGACAGCUUGGUAUACCCGAUGAUCUUAAGCUCUCUACGUUUAUCAGGAGGUAUCCUACUAUUUUUCAAGAAUCUCACAUUCUUGAUAGCGGAGGUACUCGUGUUCCUUGCUUCCGGUUGACCCCUGAAGCCUCAAAUAUCCACAAAGAAGAGCUCGAUAUCAUUCAGCAAAACCAAAUGGAUCUCGCCCGAAGGCUGUGCAAACUGCUCAUGCUUACUAAGGAUAGGACGCUUCCAUUACAAACAGUUGACCAGCUAAAAUGGGACAUGGGAUUGCCUUAUGAUUAUUUCGAUACCUUGAUUCCACAUUACCCUGAUUUAUUUUCUUCAGUUAGGUUCCCUGAUGAUCGCAUUGGCUUAAAGCUUCGAAUUUGGGAUGAUGGCCUUGCCGUCUCCCAUUUGCAGAAGAAUGCUGCAUUCCAACAAAAUGAAGAUGAUGUGAAAACGGGUUGCUUAGCGUUUCCUGUUAAAUUUACAAGGGGCUUUGGCUUGAAGAGGAAGUGCAUGGCAUGGUUGGAGGAGUGGCAGAGGCUCCCUUAUACUUCACCUUACUCCGACGCCUCACAUUUAGAUCCACGUACUGAUGUAUCUGAAAAGAGGAUUGUCGGAGUCUUUCACGAGCUUCUCCAUCUCACCGUGCAGAAGAAAACCGAGCGUAAAAAUGUGAGUAAUCUUCGAAAACCAUUAUCUCUUCCUCAAAAGUUUACUAAAGUAUUCGAGCGCCAUCCCGGAAUAUUUUACAUCUCUAUGAAGUGCGAUACUCAAACGGUUGUUCUUAGAGAAUCAUAUGAUGAUCAACAACUUUUGCAGAAACAUCCUAUAGUUGAUAUCAGGGAAAAAUAUGGAAGUUUGAUGAGUAGAGGGGUUCUGGAUAGAAGUAGAGGCUUAUACAAGAGAUGUUCAACAGACUCAUUAGAUGGUCUUCAAGGCUAUGAACCCAACGAUGACUGUGUUUCUAGUCUUGAACAAGAGCUCGACUCUAAUUUGUGUUAGAAACAUGGUCAAAAUGAUAGAAUUUGUGAAUUAUGCA